AUGCCGGCCGUCGAUGAAUCACCUUCCGAACGGAAGCAUACGAGCAGCUCUUACAGAGAUGAACUAGCUCAUUACAAAGCCCAGUAUGAGCAACUUGAAGCGGAACUUGCGGACUUCCAGUCCUCUAGCCGGGAGCUGGAGACUGAAAUGGAGAAGGAUAUUGAGGCUUCGGAAAAGCGGGAACGGCAGCUGAAGGAAAAGCUCGACACGAUGCGAUAUGAAGUCGACGAGUGGAAGACCAAAUACAAGCAGUCGAAAACCGAAGGCAACGCCGUGCAAAACAACCUACAGAAAGAAAUCACCACACUCCGAGACGCGAACCGCACUUUGCAGCUCAAGCUUCGAGACAUUGAGGUUGCCAAUGAUGACUACGAGCGCCAAGCCCGGAACACCACCUCGUCCCUGGAGGACAUGGAGUCCAAAUAUAACAUCGGCAUUGAGCGCGGGGUCUUGCUAGAGGAGGAAAUAAGAAAUGGGGAGCAGGAACGGGAGCAGCUGCGCAUUGACAACCAACGCCUUCGAGAUGAGCUGUCGGAUCUGAAGAUUGAGGCUGAGAUCAUCCAAGAGAAGCUUCGCAAUACUGAAGGACAUGGAUUCCGCCGCCGCAAGCCCACUCCCUUGUACCAUCGCAGCCCGGCGACCCCGCAGAGUUUGGAGAUCUUUGAUCGCUCACCUACCGCUACGUCUUCCCCAGUAUUUGCUACGCCCCCCGCUAAAUCAUCCCUUGCGUCGUCGACCGCUACCCCACCUUCACCCCCUAUCUCCGAGUCGUCGGUGAACAUGCGCAAGUCGAUCAACCCCAACGGAAACGCAACGCCUACAUUCCCACGACAGAGAGCCGCUGGCGCAGAGCCAGUGAACUCUAGAACCCUUCAUGCUCGGACUCAAUCGCGCACCGCCCAACCGCGCACCACUCAUUCACGAACUCCAUCUUUCGCUUACAGCAAUGGCGCAUAUAGCACUGGCACCGGUACCGGCAAUGGGAGUGGCAAUGGUCGGUCCACUCCUUCCAUGUCGAUCUCGUCUCGCAACAGUUUGACGAGAAUGAGUUCCUCGCGGGCACCGGGUCUUCCCAAGUCUGGAUCACUGUUCCAGAUCCGUGGCCUGAUUGGCAAGAUGCAGAAGCUCGAAGAGCGCGUCCAGUCAGCCAAAUCGCGACUUCCCGCCCCAUCCGACACCUCCUCACGCGGAUCCCCUCGUUCGGGCUCCGUGGUCAGCGAAAGCCCAAUUGUUCCGUCCUCGAUCACCGCUAGAAAUUCUCAUAAGCGGCUGAGUAACAGUAGCCUUGGGUCCUCAGCGCGAGACAGUGAAAGCACACCAUCUUACCCUCCGCAGGGUCGUCAGUCAUUUGGACGGACAGGCGAGAGUCGCCCCAGUAGCCGAACCAGUUACUCUAGCCUCAGUUCCUUCAGCCAGAGUGUGCACUCUGGUGUCCCUGUCAAUGCCCGACCCGAAAGUCGUUCGAGUCGUCCCGGGGCCAAAACGCCAUUGGGUCACUACUCGACAAACCCUCUGAUCGAGGGCCGGCGGCCUCGUUCAUCCCUCAGCAACCAUGCCGGCCAACUCCCCAACAUCGCUGGCAUGUCUCUCAUCGAUGAAGACCAAGAUAUUGUUACGCCGACAACCUCCCGCAUCUCCCCAGAGAUUCCACGCCCAUCCGUGACUACCACCCCCACCCCCGUAGUGAAGAAGCGAACCAUCAGUGGCAUCCCGGCUCCUCGAAGCUUCAAGACUAGCAUCGGACCUGGUACUAUGCCACCGCCAAACAGGAAGACCCAAGUCGGUGACCUGGGAGAAACCUUUUAA